AUAUUAUAAUAAAAAUCCUCAAAAAUUAAUAAUUAAAUCAAACAAUAUUUAUAAAAAACUAAAUAAAUGAUCAGAAAUAGCUAGAGCACACUAUAAAUGUCAGUUAAUCCUACCAACUAAUUAGCAUAAAAAAGAUUGCUCAGUAAGUAAAACUCUCAAAUAAUUUAAAAAGUGAAAGCUGUUGGUGAAAGAUAAGACUUUUCUGUUUGUACAAUCCAGCUAGAAUAAACUAUUAAACCUAUUUCUUUUAGACAAAAUAGCUAAAAUAAAUAUGAAAAUUCUAAAAUGACUUCUAUCUAAAGCUAGAACUCAACUCCUAAGAAUAAUGAUAAGGUUGAAAGUCGAAUCUAUCAGUAGACAGGACAGCGCCAAUUUUCUUUAGACCAACCUAAAGUCACAGUAAUUGAUUUAAGAAGCCAAACACUUCUUUAAAAAAAUGAUUCCUACUUCACCAAAGAGAGCUAAAGAAAAUUAUAAUAAAAUUCUUCAAACAACCUUUUUAGACUGAGAUAAAAUCCUAAUUGGUUCUCAUAGAAAUCCUCAGCAGGAAGUUCAAAAACAGAAAUAAUCUCUGGAAAAAAGGAACUUUAUAAAAAGCUAUAGGAAGCAUCAACCCCAACUUGCAGAGGAGCUAAUUUUGAAAAAUCUAUCUUUAGCAACAAUUCUACCUUAGAAACACUAACAAAACAAAGAUCAGAAGAAAAACAAUAAAAUUUUGGUUAACUUUGCAGCCAAAGCAUAAUCACUAAUAAUUAAUUAAAGUAAGAUGGUAACCAAGCAAGCUAAAUUAAUCAAAAUAAUAAUUUAUAAUAAAGCAACAACAAAAGCAAUAUUUUUAGUUAUAUAAAUUCAAAUAAGUAGAACUACUUCUAAAUCGCUUAAAAGAAAAAUGAAAAUCUUUAAAUUAAAUUAAAUCAAAAUUAAUAAUCAGAAACCUUCUAAUAAAAACUUGCUUCUAAGAAACAAAACAAUGUUAAUAAAAUUAGCAAUAUUUAUUAAAAUGAGCAUAAUAACCUAAAAAAUAAAAAUGAAGAGUUUAAAAAGCUAAUAAUCAAUUAAUAUUAACAACAACACUAGCUUUAACAACAAAAUUAGCAAUCUAAAUUAAGCUCACAGAAUUUCAAACUCACUUUUAACUAUUAACAAAAUGAAUAGUCAAAUAAAAAUUCUCAAAAAAUUCUAAGAACCAGUCAGUCUUAAACUGAGUUUGAAUUACCAGCUGAUCAUCUCAAAAAAGACAAAGAAGAAGCUAAGAAACUUAGCUAAAAUUUGAGUACAAGUAUAAAUGAAUAGCAAAGUCAAUAGAAUUCCUGCUAAUAAAUAAAUUCAAUGACUGAUCACACAGUAACUUAAUCAGUUUAGAGAUAAAAGUAUUUCGAAAUAAGAAGUUAAAACAAAGAACUCCCAAAAUAUUAAAAAUAAGCAAAAACAUUUGAUCAACAACAAUUGUUAAACAUUACAAAUAUAAUUGAAGUUGAUGAACCUAUUUAAUCUAGUGGAAAAUUUAACUAUAUAUCCCCUAUUGCAAAAUAGAAGCAACAAAUAAUUUCUCCGAAAAUAAAAUAGGCACCACCCUCUUCUGAGCAAUCUUAUGAUCAAAUUAUGAUAUGGCAGAGUUCAGAAAAAAGUUCAUAAAACACAAACGAAAGAUAAAUAAGAAAUUUAGAGCCAAUUACUCGUACUAAAAUAAAUGCAGAAGUGUAAAAAAGAGAAGAAUUCAUCAAGCUUUACACAAAGAGAUUCAAAAACUAUCCUUAACAAAGUCCAAAUUCUGAAAGUCUGAAUGACCAAUAAAUAGAGAAUUUAGUGUUAGACGCUUUCUUCCACAGUAGUUAAAAAUCAUCUUCCUCGUCAUAAACUUCGAUAAAAUUGGAAAAUUAAACUUAUAAAUAAAUCCCUCUCAAUGCUUUAAGUACAGAUAGCGGUAAUGCUAAUCUUAGCACUCCAAAGAAAAAGCAAAUCCAAUUAAAUGAAAAGUAAAAUGAUGCAAGCAUACCAUAUUAAGUAGCUAUGAUGCAAAUUGACUCUUCGAAUUCUAGUAACUCAGUAUAAGGUUAUUUAAGUAAAGAAUCAACACAAAUAAAGUAGAAAAUCAACAAUGUUUUUUUCUCUGAUACAAAGAACCAUAAAUAAUUUAUCAAAUCAUUUUUCCAAGAAACAAAUUAUCAAAUUUGA